CCGUUGUUUUACAUUACUAUUUAUUUUUGCACGAAGAUUUAUUAUGACAUCAACUAUUAAAUAGUAUGUUACUUUUAAAACAUGCACAGUGCACACCUACACAAAUAUUAUGUUUGAUGGAUCUGUUUUGUAGGUCCCAUAUAAUUAACAUUCGGUACACUGAAUAUACCACAUUGAAAAAUUAAUAAUUUCAAAAUCGUCUGAUAUAUUUUUGUUUAAAUAUAUUUUAUUUAAGAUCUAAAAGUACGUAAUAGGAACUCGCAGGUAAGUUGACGUGUUGGGUGCAAUGACCAAUAUUAAUAAAAUCAAAAUAACUGUUAAGCCGAUAGUCAAAAGUUUGAUAAAACAAGCAUUAUAAAUUUGGAAACAUUAAAUUCCUCAAGUUUCAAAUUAUUUUGAUUAGUGAUAACUAGGGAACGGAUUUAUAUGUAAAUGCAUAUUUUUAUUAAAACAAGAUAUUUAAGAAUCGAUAAGAAAUGUUCAUGAUUUAAAUCAUUCCUAUUAAAAUGAUGCUACUUUUAUUUUACAUAUUUCACUAAUUUGUAAAUAUUUUUAAACAUAUUUUAUCAUUUCAUCAUUCAUACGUUUUCAAGCCAUUAAAAACAGCCAUUAUGAACUGUGACGAUCUACGUGGAGCAAAUAUUUAGUAGUUUUUAUAGUCGUUAUCUUAUAAUUUUCAUAUAGAUAUAAUAUAUUAUAUCUUAAUAUAGUAUACAUUUAUAUACGAUUGACAAUCGAUAGAAGACGGGUUGACAGGCGACAGCAGUAGGUUUUUAUAGUUAGUGUUUGGCUGUAAUCGUAAUCGUACGUACCUACACAAAUUUCAAAAAUGCCAAAAAUUAGUAAAACUAUUUCGUCCAAAGUUUGUCAGUACGUUAAUGAAUUUCCAAACGAGACAUUUAAUAGCGAUGGUCAAGUUCUACUGUGUAUCGCGUGUGAAAAACCAGUAUCAACAGCUCAGCGGUCUUUAAUUAUACAAAACAUUGCAACACGAAAACAUAAAGAAAGCAUACAACGUAAAGAAAAAUUUAAAUAAAGCUUUUACUCGUCAACACCUACAUCUAGUAAUAAUAUACCAUUAUUUAAAUUACAAAAUAUUGAUUUCAAAAUGUUUUUGGAAAAAUAUACCAGUCAAAAUAUUCCAGAUGAAAGCACAAUGCGAAAAAACUAUAUUCGAGAUAUUUAUCUUGAAAAACUUUCUUCAAUUCGAGGUGAGAUUCAAGAUGGGCCCAUUUGGGUGUCCAUCGAUGAAACGACAGACGUAGAGGGGAGGUACAUUGGGAAUGUAGUUAUAGGCAAAUUAUGCGAUGAGCCUAUACUAAUUCAAUACUACUUAACUGUGAAAAACUUGAAAAAUCAAAUCAUCAGACAAUAGCAAAACUGUUUAAUGAAUCUAUGAGUUUACUCUGGCCAAGUGGAGUAAGACACGAAAAUGUACUUUUGUUCGUUAAUGAUGCAGCUCCUUAUAUGCGCAUGGUUGAAGAAAUAGGAGAUGUUGUAAAAAAGAAAAUUCAUGCAGUUACAGACAAAAAUCCAGGCUAUAUUGAUUUUAAAACAAUCAAUGACAUAAUGAGUGGCAGACACACUUCUAAAAAUUUGGAAUUAUCGCCUUCUGAUAUUAUGCGCUUCAAAUAUGCUCCAAUUACAUCGGUUGAUGUGGAACGAUCAUUUAGCCGUUUUAAAAAUAUUUUGAGGCGACAUUUAACAUUUGAAAAUUUAAAAGAAAUUGUAAUAAUUCAAUACAAUAAAUUAUUUUGAUAAUUU